GUAUAUAAGUCACGUGAAUGCCAUCAGAAGUUCACUUCAUUCACCAACUCUAAAGAAAACGGUUCCACGGCUCGCACACACCAUCGCUGGCUCAUCAUAUCAGAUUCAAAAUGGCAUCCGAGAGUUAUCCCUCUUACUUUAUAUUUCUCGGUGUGAUUUUGAUGGUGGCAACGAUUGCUCAGUGUGAAGACUACGGUUUGGAAGAUAAUGUGAAAGAGCUUUUAGCCAGAAGAAAAAAUUUGGAUUAUGUCCGACAACUGGUAGAAGACAUGGGUAAUCAACUGAAUAAAUUACAAAAACGAAAUUGCGCCUUCAAUGCGGGCAUGAACGACGAAUGUUCGAUUAACAACAUGAAUAAGGAUCUUGCUAACGACAUGCAUUGGUUAGGAAAUGAUUUACCAGGAAAGCGCAAGAGGGCUCAAAACCCAUCUUACAAGGAUGGCCAAUCAGACAUCGGCAGCUUUCUGAGGUCUAUGAGAGUUCUAGCGGCCAAUCACAAGCGCCGAUAGAAGCAAGAAAAGUUAUAACGAAUCAUUUACUGUUGUUUCAUUCUGUUCUGUUGUGUUUGUGUUUUGUUCCUUUGCUUCGUAGAUUGCAGUUGGUUAUCCUCUUCACAUAGAAAACCAGUGUUCAUAUCAAAUCUGUUGUAAUCACAUGACAAUGAAUUGAUUUGAGUUUUUUAAUUUCCUUAUUGAUAUAAAGGCAUAUUGUCAAGUGUUGAUCUCAAUUAUCAAGACUGGAUCAUUCUUAUUUAAUUAUAUUUUCAUAAAUGGAUUUGUUGAUAUGACACAGCUUUUAGAAUGUAAAUACUGUUUUCUUUAAGUAAUUGGCGAAAAUAAACAAAAAUUAUUUAAAA